AUACAAUAUAAAUAAAGAUUGUUCCCUCAGUUAAACCAAUACAAACCUUAAUAUUGUUCAUAUAAUGUAUCUGGUUUAAGUUGAAGGUAUUUNAUCGACACAACUCAAGAGAAUGUUUAAGUUUAACAAAAACGAGGAGCUUUAUGAUGUCAUAGAUAAACAAAAGGAUCAGAUAAGUCGUUAUGAAGGCAGGUUGCGAGAUCUCGUCCAUGCAUACAAAAGUUUGCAAAAAGAGAAAGAAGCGUUAGAGGAAAGCAUGAAGGCGCUUACAACUCCAUCUAGUGGUGGGGGGAAGAAACCAAGCACACUUGACGAGAACACAGAAGCCCUGAAUGAAGAUGAAUCCACGGAACCCGACAUUCAACACCUACAAUCCCAACUCCACACCCUAACAACAUCCCUGUCAACCAUGUCCGAUGAAAAAAAGAAGUUGGUUCUUGUUUACCAGGCAGAGAAAAAGCAAUUCAAGCAUGAGCACGAGGUUGAAGUAACAAAGCUUGAGGAAGAAACCCAAGUUUUGUUGGAGAAGAAUAAAUUAUUGGGAGAGGAAUUAACUAGGGUGAAAGAAAAAUUACGAAACCAACAAUCGGAUCACGAACAAGAACAAUCAACCCACUCGAUUAUUUUGAGGGAAAUCCAGAAAAUGUUAAACGAUGAACGGACCAAAAAUGAGUCGCUCGAGUUAGCUAUGCGAGACCUUAACACAGCAACGAGGGUUGCAGAGAUCGAAGUCCAACAACACGAGGAUUAUAAACGGCGGGUUCGUCAACUUGAAGAUGAGUUAAGUGAAGUUCGUGCGAGGUUAGAGGUCGCUGAGCAUGAAGCGAACACACCGUCUCCAAUAUUGAUGCAACUGCAGUCAGAGAUGAGUAGAAUGACUAUGCUAAUGGAUAAAGAUAAAGAGAUUAAACAACUUAAAGUUUACACAUCAACUUAUCAUAGCGAAUACCAGAAUGUUGAACGAACAGCAUCAAGGGAUUAUGACAUCACAGAUGAUUCUGUUGCCGAGAUUUUAACAAAGGGGGGUAAGGAUACAAACCUCAUGCAUUAUGUUGAACAACUCGCAAGGAAAGAUGUCACGAUUAAUAAUGUGAGAAGGAAAAAGAAAGAACUCGAGCUCCAAGUUAGACAACUACAAGAUGCUGGUAUAAUGAGGGACGAAGCGAACGCGCAACAAGUCGCCGAGUUGAAAGGAAAAAUCGAACAAAUUAAACGGGGAAUAUCACGUGAAAAUGCAAACAAUGAAUAUGUGAAGAACGUGUUGUGUCAAUACCUAACUACUGUUGAUGGGAACGCAAAGCAAAAGAUGUUGGUUGCGAUCGCUACAAUAUUGCAGUUUAGUCCUGAUGAGAUGAAGAGAGUUGGGAUAAGGACUAAAUAGUUUUGGUGUUUAUUAUAAUAUUUGUGCCAUGUUUAUAUUUAGUGCAAUAAAAGUGGUGGAAUAAUACAAGUGAUCAUAUCGUUGUA